CGUUGGGCCUUCUGCGAUUGUACCCGUAAGAGUAUGCUUAUCAAUCCGCCGAGACAAACACCGGAAGCAAACGUAAAACCACCACUCCCUCACAUUCUCCUGCCGUCACCGUCACCGGUACCGGCUCGUUCGAUUGCUUGCUUGCUUGUUGGAGAGAGUUCGGUUUAGAAUCAUAAAAUGGUGCCAGCCAGCCUUCCGAUAACCACUGGAUUACGUCUGCUUUCAUAUUGCAAUCAAACUUACAAUUGCGGCAUUGCUCUUCGCCCACUACUUUCGUUACCCUCAAAUUAUUACUCUGCAGCAAAACCGAACAGGCAACAGAAGAAUAGCAAUAUUCCCUCUCUUUCUCUUUCCAUAUCUUCAUUCAUCCCAAAAGAGAAAUCACAAGUGGCAUCGAAAUCAAUCAAAACAUUUUGUACAUCAUCAAAUGUAACCGCGGAUCCUUCUCCUCCCGCAACAACUUCCUCAGAUGAGAACGUUGUCGAUAUGACGAAAAUAAAAGAUAUGGCAAAUACACUAGACAUAAGGGUAGGGAAGAUAUUAAAAGCAUGGAGACAUGAAGAGGCUGAUUCGCUCUAUGUGGAAGAGAUAGACGUUGGUGAGCCCGAGCCAAGAAUAAUAUGUAGCGGGCUCGUGAAAUACAUCCCGCUUGAUGACUUACAAGACAAGCAUGUAGUGGUUCUGGCUAACUUAAAGCCCAGAAACAUGCGUGGGGUGAAGUCGUCUGGAAUGCUUAUGGCUGCUUCUGAUGCUUCUCAUGAGAACGUUGAGCUACUUGAGCCACCCGUGGGGGCUCUCCCGGGUGACAGGAUAUGGUUUGGGACCGAAGAUGAGAAAGAGACGCUUCCAGAAGCGGCUUCACCUAACCAGAUUGCGAAGAAGAAGAUAUGGGAGCAAGUGCAGCCACAUUUGGCGACUACUGAUUCUUGUGUUGCUACUUUAGGAGGCACGCAUUCAAUGACAACUGCUGCUGGUGUGGUGGUGAGUAAAAGUUUGGUGAAAGCAAAUAUAGCGUGAUCAUCGAGGGAUGAAAGUUCAUUGCUAAUGUUAUUUAUAAUUGCUGUUUGAUGGGUCAAGUUUUGUUUUCCGACUGGUUGACUCUUUAACCGCGAGUUGAAUUAUGUUGUUUUUUGUUUGUUCAGCAUAGCUGGAUACUCUGUUGUUAGUUAUUUCAGGAUCAAACAUGCAAUACAACAUAUUUUUUAUUAGUUA